AUGAAUCACAGUUGCCACCAACCAAAAUUAUCAACCACACCUGCCUUCAACCACAACCAUCAACAAUCAUUGCCACCAAUCACAACCACCACUGCCACCAGCCACAUCCAUCAACCAGUACUACCUCCAACCACAACCAUCAACCACAGUAACCAUGAACCACAACCAUCAACCACAGUAACCAUGAACCACAACUGUCAUCAACCACAAUCAUCAGCCACUAACUACAACUGUCAUCAACCACAACCAUCAGCCACAACUGUCAUCAACCACAACCAUCAGCCACUAACCACAACUAUAAACCACUGCCACCACCAACAACAAUUAAGCACAGUAACCAUCAACCACAACUGCUACAAACCACAACCCUCCCUACCACUAACUACCACUUGCACCAACCACAAAUAUCAACCACCACUUCCACCAAAUACAACCAUCAGCCCACCACUACAAUAUCAUAUAUCAACCACCACUACAUACCUCAACCAUCAACCACCACUGCCACCAACCACAACCAUCAACUUCCACUGCCACCAGUCACAACUACCAAAAACCUCAAUCAUCAACCACCACUUCCACAACUAA